AUGGCCCUCAAAUCGAUCAGUUUUCCUGAAGAAUAUCCUUGUCUUUUUACUGAUGCCAUAUGGGACAAUGAAAGUGAACCACAUAUUCCUGUAAUAAUGGAAUACAGUCUGCAUCGUCUUAGCUCUCCCUAUGCCUGGUACAGGGAUAUCGUCCCACCACACUUCUGGUCUGAGAGCAGGUUCUACGCUGUGACUGACCGCGGUCCACUUCCUUCGUUGUGCUUCCAGUCGGUGCGUUGGACUGCUGUCAUCUGGGGGAAUUCGGAGAAGUUUUGUUUGGGAGACAGUCGAGCUCCUUCCACGAGUAGUGUUACAACUGGUAGUUUUUUCCUGAGUGUCAGUGAAAAGGCCAGGAAUAGACAAAAUCACAUAAACAUGGGUUAUUUGGAUACAGAGUCUCCGCAAGACAGUGCUAUCACCCGAGACAUCAAUCGAACGUUCCCUGCUCAUGAUUAUUUUAAAGAUACUGGGGGAGAUGGUCAGGACUCCCUGUACAAAAUAUGCAAGGCCUACUCUGUCUAUGAUGAAGAGAUUGGCUACUGCCAAGGCCAAUCAUUUCUUGCUGCUGUGCUGCUACUACAUAUGCCUGAGGAGCAAGCUUUCAGUGUUCUGGUCAAAAUCAUGUUUGAUUAUGGACUCAGGGAACUUUUCAAACAAAACUUUGAAGAUUUGCACUGCAAGUUCUAUCAGCUGGAGCGCCUCAUGCAGGAAUACAUUCCUGAUCUGUAUAACCACUUUCUGGACAUUAGCCUUGAAGCGCACAUGUAUGCUUCCCAGUGGUUCCUCACCCUGUUCACUGCAAAAUUCCCUCUCUACAUGGUCUUCCAUAUUAUUGACUUACUCUUAUGUGAGGGAAUAAGUGUUAUCUUUAAUGUUGCACUGGGAUUAUUAAAAACUACCAAGGAUGAUUUGUUACUGACUGACUUUGAAGGGGCUUUAAAAUUCUUCCGCGUACAGCUACCCAAGAGAUACCGUUCAGAAGAAAAUGCAAAAAAGCUGAUGGAAUUAGCAUGUAAUAUGAAGAUUAGCCAGAAGAAGCUGAAGAAAUAUGAAAAGGAAUAUCAUACCAUGAGAGAGCAGCAAGCUCAACAGGAGGACCCUAUAGAAAGAUUUGAGCGUGAAAACCGGCGCCUACAAGAAGCAAACAUGAGGCUUGAGCAAGAAAACGAUGAUCUUGCCCAUGAGCUGGUGACUAGCAAGAUUGCUCUGCGAAAAGAUUUAGACAAUGCGGAGGAAAAGGCAGAUGCUCUGAAUAAGGAACUGCUAAUGACCAAACAGAAGUUGAUUGAUGCAGAAGAAGAAAAGAGGCGCCUAGAAGAAGAAUCAGCUCAGCUGAAGGAAAUGUGUCGUAGAGAACUAGAUAAGGCAGAGUCAGAGAUCAAAAAGAACAGCUCUAUUAUUGGUGACUACAAACAGAUUUGUUCCCAGCUGAGUGAGCGACUGGAAAAGCAACAGACAGCAAAUAAAGCUGAAAUUGAGAAAAUACGGCAAAAAGUGGAUGACUGUGAGCAUUGCCGGGAGUUCUUCAAUAAAGAAGGCCGUGUGAAAGUUGCUAGUUCUGCCAAGGAUGGUUCAGAUGAGGACACAGAUGAGGAGAAGGAAACGCUGAAAAACCAGCUGAGGGAAAUGGAGCUUGAGCUGGCCCAGACCAAGUUGCAGCUUGUGGAGGCGGAAUGUAAAAUACAGGAUUUGGAGCACCAUUUGGGUCUGGCAUUGAAUGAAGUACAAGCUGCAAAGAAAACAUGGUUCAACAGAACAAUAAGCUCUAUAAAAACAGUGACUGGAGUCCAAGGAAAAGAGACUUGUUGAAAAGCAGUUCUGUCAAAUACACCUUCUUAACACCACACCUUUUGUUGCCUUCCUUGGCCAGAUGUUUAAUUCUGUGACAUGAGAGGACCAGAAUGUAAAUAAAAUAGAAACACAGCAUGUCAGGAUUUCAAUAGGUCAGUGAUAAAGAGGAUGGAAACACAAGAAAGGGUUUAUUGCUAGACAUGGGAUCUUCAUACUACUGAUAUUUAACAGGUGAUGUAGCUAGAUUGAAGCUCUUCAGAGAAACACUCCAUUCUGCGGUCUGGCUGGAGGCUUUUCACAGACUAGGUACGAGAACUUACCAAACCCUAAUUGUUAAGUUUACAUAUGAUAGGUUUUUUUACAGUUAUAACCUUUUUUAAUAUUUUAUUUGAAAGGAAAAGUGUCACUAACAAAGUAAAAAAAAAGGAAAAAAAAAAAGAAAAAAAAAGGAAAAAUGAAAAACCAAACAACAAAAAAGGACAACUUUAGCAAGAACUACAUCAGUGCCAGAAAGCAGUCCCCAGAGGUAGGAUAUGGAGAGUAGGAGGUGACAUGUUUUGCUUUAUGAAUGGGGAUGAUUUCAGCAUUCCUGUCGAGCAACCCCACUUUGUUUUAGUAGAUGCAGCAUCCAUCUCUCUGUGUUUGGCAUUUCUUUCUGUUACUAAUCAAUUCUAUGCAACUCUGGGCUUUUUUUGGCAUGGGCAGCCAAACAAAUUCACAACCUGAGGCUGGGAGACUUGUCUAAGUGCUAGACAAGAAUAAUCAGAAUUCUUGGCAAAUUUCCGUUUCACUUCUGUGUCAUAUUGUUUGAUCCACAUAUCAACAGCGUUGAAAUCCCCAACACCAGGACUGCUCAUACAUACUAAUUAUGUGGAUGGUCUGACAUUUAAUUGAGUCUUUUUGUCUGAUUUUUGUCAGUUUUUUUGUUUUUUGUUUUGUUUGUUUGUUUUUACCCGGCUGUAGCAGGCCUUCUGUGAAGCUCUGAGAAAGCUUCCAGGAUUUAGUUUUGCACAUAGGUAUGAAUGGGACAAGGAAACAAUAAACUGAGAUAUAUAUGAGGCAAAAAUCACUGCGUGAGUGUAGCUGUGAGCAUCUAUAGCUAUCCGACUGGCUUCCCUGGUAACACGUUCAGAGAUUGUGUAGGUCAUUUUUCACGCUCGAUGCAGUUGCACUAAUAGGUGCUAAACGUGCUUGGAUUUCUUAUUCGUUGGAUUGUCUUGAGUUCUCACCAGAAAGCUGUAGAAUGGAGUUUUGCACCUUGUAAUUUUUUUAAUUUAUACUGGUUUGUGUUAUGCUGAAGUAUCUAUUGCAUCAGUGGAUAAAUUUUGUGUGCAGUGUGAGUAUAAGCUGGUAACAAUAAGAGGCACUGGUUUGUAUAUAAAGAUAUUUGGUUUAUUUUGUAUUUCUACCUUUUUCUUGUUUACUGUACUAAUGCUAGCUAAUGUACUCUGUAACUACGGAAUAGAACAUGCUAUGUCCAAGCUUUUUUCCUUAACUGCAUACAUUAUCUCUAUUGUUUAAUACCAAAAAAAAAAAAUAUACUGUAACUCCAUCAAUAUUAGAUGCGUGGACAUUGUGGUAGCAUAGUUGCAGUGUGUAUACUUUAUGAAUUGAAAUAUAAACUAGUAAAAUUGUAUAACUA